AUGACACCAUUUGAUAAUGAAAGAUAUUAAUCUCUAUAAAGUAUUUGCUUUCAUGUUUCAGAACUAAAUGAUGCAAAAAUUAUUAGAGAAUUUAUUAAGACUUACUUAUGUGGUCCAAUAAUUAUCAAUAAUUAGGGGGAAAGCAAAGAAUAAGGACUAAGUUUAAGGAAUCCUUAAGCUAUUAGAGAAGCAUUAACCUCGUCAACUGUAAAGAAGUAGUAUAAUUAUGAAAGACUUGAAUUCUAUGGAGAUUCAGUUUUAAAUUUCUUGGUUGCGCUUGAACUAUUCAUAUGUACCUAAUAAUGGAUCAGAAUAAGAUAUUCAAUGAUGUUGUUCCAGCAGAUUUCGACCCUAUUGAUUAUCAUUAAAAUAUAAAACAAAAAUACUUAAAUGAGUUUCAAACUAAGAUAAUUCAAAUUAAACGGCAGAUAUUUAUCACAAGAAAUGGAAAUGAAAGCUAAGUCGAUUUAGAUGAGUUUAACAAGGAAUAUCAAGGUAAUUCAAGAUUUACUUCUACAAAGAAUAAGAACUAGAUUGAUUGAAGAAUUAGGUAUCACACUUAAAAAACUUAAGCUUGAUGUCGCCUAAGAAUAAUUAGAAAAAUUCUAGAUAAAAUACAAAAAAGAAGAAAAUAAAAGGAGAAAAGUAAUUCAAAACGAAAAUUUAAACUUAAAAAAAUUUGAAACAAAGCAUCUUGCAGAUUAAGUGGAAUCUGUUAUUGGAGCAGUAACUCAAGAGGCUGGACUAGAACAAACUCACAAAUUUCUAUAAGAUAAACUUAAAAUGCUUAAAUACUCUUUGAGUCUAUACGGUUAAAAUCGAGAUAAAAUGAUGAGAGAAUUCGCCGAGAUCCCAAUUGAUAGCAAUGAAAAAGCUAAAAUUUCAUAACUAGAACAGAUAUUUAAUUACAAAUUUUAGUGUUAAUAAAUAGCAAUUAUAGCACUCAAUAACAAGACUAUAAAUAAAAGCAAAGAUUAAGAACAGAAUUAACAUUAUGAUAAUCCAGAGAUAUACAAACAGGAUGAAUCUAACAAAUUUUAGAACUGCGGAAGACUUAAAUAUCUUGGUAAUUAGAUAUUAGGACUAUUAGUUACAUAGUACUUAUUGGGAGUAACGAAGGACUAAAAAUUAAAUUAAAAUCCAAAAAUUUUGCACCAAUUAAGAACUUAAAUAGUCAACAACACUUUACUGAGUCUGAUUACUAUUGAGAUAAACAUUUAUAAGCUCAUUAAAAAUGAUGAGUAACAAGAAAAUUUUAGAUCAUAAUUCAAUCAUUUAGUUCAACUAGUAAUAGACAAUCUUUAGAGUUAGGGUUCAACUAAAUAAAAUGCAAUUAAAUUUAUUAAACUUAACGCGUAUAAUUGCAGAAAAACUUAUGAGACGGCUCUCACAUUAAAUUAUCUAAAGGAUGAAGAUACAGAGAUAAAGAACUACUUUUAAAAUAAUUAGAUGAAUGAUAGUGAAAUUAAUGUAGAAUAGACUUAGGAUUUACUAUUAGAAAAUGGUGUAUAACCGAUCGAUAUUGAAACAUUAGAAGGUAGUAAUUUGAAAAUGCUUGGAGAUGUAUUUGAGAGCUUGAUAGCUUCUAUAUUUCUAGAUUCAGGUAGUUUAGAAAUAACACAAAGAAUUUUGUUUAAAAUUCUUGAGCCUUACUUAAUCAUUUAUGCUAGUUUUGAAAUGAAGAAAGAUAGCAAAAGAGUUUAGCUUUAAGACCUAUGGAGCAAAACAGAAUACUUGAAAAAGUUGAAAUUCAAUAUGUCAUAGUAAGUAUCACAUUUACCUUUUUAUCAUGAAUUUAGUGAAAAUGAAAAUGACUAAAUUAUUUAUUCUGGAUGGAUUAUGAGUACAGAAGUUAUAAAAAUGAGAUUUGAAUCCAAUAUUAAAAACAAAGUCUGCAAAUUCUAUUCAUAAUUUGAAUAGUUUAUCUAAGAUAGCAUUUAAUAGUUCGAAAAAUUUGCUACACAUUAAUAUCAUACUGAUUUCAACUAUUUGCUCUUUGUUAAGGAAUUUAGAUUCCAAUGGAUUAAAAAUCAAUCAAGCUCGUGA